UACACAUCAAAUUCAAUAAUCAGAAAAUUUUAAUUUUCUUUUAAUUUUUUUUCUUUUUAGAAAACCUCCUUAUUUUUCUUUUUACUAAACCCUAUUUCUCGCUCAGCCACUCUCUCCGUCUAUUACUGCACCCUGCCCCGCCGCCGCACUCCGUCCGCUCUGCCUUCCAUCGGACGGCGCACUCACAGCUGCCGUAGCCUCAGCCUUCCGGCGAAGUCGUUGUUGUCCCCCCUCCAUCUUACACUCUCGCCUCUUCCAGCAAUCAGAGUUGCUUAUGUCUGUUUUUCAUUCUUCUUAGAAGCACACUGCUUCAGCCCCUUAUCAUCGCCGCUGUCGCUCAUUUUUCAGAUCACCAAGGGGUUUCAAACAGGGGUUAAGAUCGUUUGGAAUAUUUGUUUUGGAUAAGAUUUGGAUUAGAAUCAGGUACUAUGACUGACGUCGGGAAUGCGAUAGAAUUGGUUAGAGGUGCAAAGAGGAGGAAAAAGAUGGGUUCCAGGAACAAGAAAAGGCCGAGGAUGAUGGGUGGAAGUGGAAACAAAGCUAAGGUUGAUAAGAAGAUGAAGAAACUUUUCCAAAAACGGGCACGGGAGUAUAAUUCAGAUGAUGACGAUAAUGACGGUGAGAAGGCUCCAACGGUUAAAAAUGAGAGCAAAAUUUUGGUGCACAGUCAUGAGGAGGAGGUUGGAGAUGAAGAGCUUUCUGAGGGUGAAGAGGAAAGGAAGGAUGUGAAUGCAGAUGUCGAGCUGUCUGAAGAUGAUGAAAAUGGUGAAAUUCAACCGGGUAUAACAAAGUUUACAGAAGGUUGUAGAGCAUUCCGAGCUGCAUUCAUAAGCAUUCUCAAGAAGAACAUAUCUGAUGAAACUCUGGGUCCUAUCCUAUCAGCAAACAAGAAGCUUGUUGCUGAAAAGCUUGCAGAAGAGGAAGCUGAGCGGAAGGUUAAAGGAGAAGCCAGGAAAGCGAAACAACUGGUAGGAGAAAAAGGUCAUGUGAAACCGGCUACAUACCUGGAUUCUCACGAAAAGUUUCUUAUUGGUGUUGCUACAAAAGGAGUUGUCAAGUUGUUUAAUGCUGUCAACAAGGCACAACAUGCUCAGAAAGGAUUGAAUCCUUCAAGAACUAAAGAUGCUAAAGCUAUAAAUAAACGCAGAAAAGAAGCUUUCUUUUCUGAGUUGGGCAAGCCAACUUUGUCUGCUACAAACAGUAAUGCAAAGUUAAACACAUCAGGUGGUGCAGCGGACGCUGAAGGCCCUGCCUGGGCUCCAUUACGCGACAAUUAUAUGCUGACCAAUUCCAAAUUAAAAGACUGGGAUAAGAUGCCAGUAAGAUACGAUAUACUUUUAAAGCCUUCUGUUUUUUUCAGUUCCGAUAUUCAUAUCAUUUGGAUUGAUUAUACUUGCAGGAUAAUAUGAUGACCGCAGCUGAGGACAAUGGGAGGGUGUUAGAGGACAGUAGCUCAGAUGAAGAUGAUUGACAAGUCUAAAACUUCAAGUGAAUUGCCUAGUUUGUUGUAGCUUUCAAGUUGCCUAUAGUAUACUUAAAAAGCUGAGGUCGAUUUUGGCUUGUUAGCAAAUUCAGCAUGUAUGUCUCAGCUAUAUGUUAUCUAGCAAAAAGAAGGAAUUUUCCCCCUCUAUUUCAUUAUCCAUUUUUUUAGUCUGUGUCAUCUGGUGAGAUUAAAUUGUAUAAAUGCCGCCAAUUUUGUAGGAUUUUUGAGCAAAUUGGUUUAAAGAUACAAUUAUGGUCUACAUUUGUAUGGAUUGCACAAAUAGUUUGAAAGAAAUGUGUAUUUAACAUACCAUCCAACGCUUAGUUACUAUGAAUUGAAAACAAGAGAUUGUCGGUGUUACUUUA